CCUGGACUAAAAUCUCCAGUCCUAAAGUUCAGUUGGGUACACUGUGAUGGGCUUCUUGAACAGAUCAGCAGUAUAGGAUUUGGCUUGAAUGACUCGACAGCGAAUCCACAGCGCGAUGAAAAGUUGUCGACAGUCAGACAAAUGAAGUGCGAAACUUCUCGGCUCUUGAAGAAAACAUUUUUUCAAACGCACUAUUUGACAGCUGUAAGCGCGCGUCCUCGACUCCAAAAACACGCAGUGAAUUUUAUUUAUUUUUAUGGUUCACGAAAACCGUUGUGAGAAGUCCGUCCAGCACGAAUUUAAUCUUUAAUAACACAAAAGCUUUCUUUCUUUUUGGAUCAAAGUGUCAUGUACUCUAGGCUGCUGACAUGCAACAGGAGAGGUUACUCAAAGUCCUUGUCAUUGGAGAUUUAGGUGUGGGGAAGACUUCCAUCAUAAAGCGUUAUGUACAUCAGGUUUUUUCUCAACAUUACCGCGCGACUAUCGGUGUUGACUUUGCUCUGAAAGUCCUGAAUUGGGAUCACCAGACAGUCAUUCGACUGCAGUUGUGGGACAUCGCAGGACAAGAGAGGUAUGGCAACAUGACACGUGUGUACUACAGAGAGGCUGUUGGGGCGCUGGUGGUUUUUGACAUGACUCGUGCUUCCACCUUCCAAGCUGUGCUGAAAUGGAAAAAAGAUCUUGAUUCUAAAGUCGCCCUUGGCAAUGGGCGUCCCCUACCAGCUGUCCUGCUGGCCAACAAGUGCGACCAACAGAGACAUGGUUUGUGUUCCAAACUGCCCAAACUCGACAAUUUCUCCAGGGACCAUGGUUUUGUGGGCUGGUACGAGACGUCUGCAAAGGACAACACAAACAUCGAUGCAGCCAUCAUGUGUCUUGUAGAAAAUAUAAUGGCCAUUGACACGGAGGCUGUUCCUGUGGAAUCAGACCCUAGUGUACUGAUCCUCCCUGCUUUUGAUUAUAACCUAAAAGAGCGCAGUGACUCUAGUUGUUCUGUCUGUACAACAUUCCAGUCCAGCAGAAAACCCCAAAGUGAAUUAUAGGGUGAGAAGAUGAAAAGAACACUGAACAGAGUGGGAAAGAAAAAUAUAGAGAGAAAAAUAGAGAAUGGUCACACCCUUAGUUGGGCCUUCAGAUUGAGCUGAUGUAAGAUGUCGUGGCAAAGACAACACCAUGAAGCCUUAACACUUACAUGCACUUACAUUUUCACAUACCAAAAAACAACAGUCAUCAAUAAAACAUGCAGUGUUUACACAGAGUUUUCUCUGAUAAAUACUAAAUAAGGCUUUUGUGGUUAUACUGCAGCAGAGUAGCUGUGUGUGCACAUUUACCUCAAUUUUGUGUCUAUUAAAGCCUCUGACUUGAA